CUGCGAUUGCGGCACUUGAUAUUGCUGUGAAAGUUUGUCAAUCUGCUUCCAUGGAUAAGGGGCGGAGCCAAGGGUUGACUAACCCUGGGUCUGCGAUUGCGGCACUUGAUAUUGCUGUGAAAGUUUGUCAAUCUGCUUCCAUGGAUAAGGUAAGUCUCUCCAAUCCCUAAUUCUAGGGACAUUGUCAUAUUUAGUCAUGUUUUCAUUUCAAUAAUCUGCAUCAUGUGUGUGAAGGAAUAACUAGAGGACUUCAUAGGAGGACCUGUUUUACUAGUUCUUAUAUGCCUAAUAAAGAGUGCUAAGUAUAAAUAAUUAGGUUGUGAACAGUCGGAUUGUGUAAUUAUUAUCCAACACCUCUCUUUAGUUAGAGAUAAUAAUUUGUGUAAUUAUUAUCCAACACACAUGUAGUUUGUUAUAAAGGAGUUUAAACUGGCAUUCUAGGAUUUGGAUAUGCAUAUGUUUCAUGGCUUAUGUUGCUGAAAGUUUUAUUAAUACUGACUGGAAACAUAUGAUCUUGUAUAAGAUUGUUCUUGCCUGCAACUUCUGAUGUAUAUGUUUUUAAUCUUUAUAAGAAAUAUAUCUAGUAUGCACAAGAUUUACUCUGGUUACUGUCUCAGAUUCCGCCAAGCAUUACGCAUGUGAAAGAAAAAAUAGAAGAGCAUCAUGUAUCUCUAAUUGCAUCAUUAACUAGUAAGGGGCGGAGCCAAGGGUUGACUAACCCUGGGUCUGCGAUUGCGGCACUUGAUAUUGCUGUGAAAGUUUGUCAAUCUGCUUCCAUGGAUAAGGUGGCAUUGCUUAGACGGUAAAAGGUAACUUGUUAAAAAAGUUUGAGGAGGAUGAUUUCAAAAGAAUCAUCUGGCUUAUGGAGCUCUAUAGAGGAUAUUCUGAAAAAGUUGAAAAAGCUGAAGCAAUUGUGAAUCGUCUCGAAGGUGAACAGCUGGACUCGUAUAAGCUCCGCAUGGAAAAACUGCGAUAUGAAUCCACAGUUAAGUCGAUUGUUGUUAUUCUUGGUUAUCUUUCGUCCGAGGAUCUUACAACACGAAAUGAAAUUGAAAGUCGAUUAACUCAUCACAACUUAGAGGAGAAACAUGUGCAGGAUUUUAUCUUGGUUUAUCGAGACAGCAUUGGCAAUGCGGGCGAAUCAGUAGAAAGUGCGAAGACAGUGAUGGAGGAAAGCACUGAUUCCCUUGAGGAAAAUCCUAAGCAAGGGAUGGAGCUGGAUGUAAAGGAAAAUCCUGACAAGAGGAUGGAGCUGGAUGUAAAGGAAAAUCCUGAUAAGAGGAUGGGGCUGGAUGUAAAGUACCAGCCGCGACGGAGUUCAAAGACAGUGAUGGAGGAAAGCACUGAUUCCGUCGAGGAAAUUCCUAACCAAGGGAUGGAGCUGGAUGUAAAGGAAAAUCCUGACAAGAGGAUGGAGUUUUACCUUGAAUGCAUGACAGGAAAUUCCUAACCAAGGGAUGGAGCUGGAUGUAAAGGAAAAUCCUGACAACAGGAUGGAGCUGGAUGUAAAGGAAAAUCCUGACAAGAGGCAGCUGCGACGGAGUUCAAAGACUGAUGGAGGAGGAAAGCACUGAUUCCCUUGAGGAAAAUCCUAACCAAGGGAUGGAGCUGGAUGUAAAGAAAAAUCCUGACAAGAGGAUGGGGCUGGAUGUAAAGUACCAGCCGCGACGGAGUUCAAGGCUCAUGGAGCUGGGUGUAAAAGAAAAUCCUGACAAGAGGAUGGGGCUGGAUGUGAAGUACCAGGUGCGAUGUAGUUCAAGGCUCAAGCGGAGAUACGCGUCUUUUUAGGUUGUGGAAUAUUAGAGUUUAUUAGAGGUUAAAACCUUUGUUUGGAGUGAAGUACGAACCUUGUUCUGCUAGGUUAUGUAGAUAUUUCACCCUAUUUUCAAAUCAAACGAGAAUAAUCCAUCUUUUCUUUCAACGGUAA